AUGGAGUAUUUUAUGGUGCCAGCUCAGAAGGUGCCCUCCUUGCAACAUUUUAGGAAAACGGAGAAAGAAGUCAUAGGGGGCUUGUGCAGUUUAGCAAACAUCCCCCUAACACCAGAGACAGCACGGGACCAAGAGCGGCGCAUUCGCAGAGAGAUCGCCAACAGCAAUGAGCGCAGACGCAUGCAGAGCAUUAAUGCUGGCUUCCAGUCUCUUAAAACACUCAUACCACACAGCGAUGGGGAGAAGCUCAGUAAAGCUGCCAUCUUACAACAAACAGCUGAGUACAUCUUCUCUCUGGAGCAGGAAAAGACACGGUUACUACAGCAGAACACACAGCUCAAGCGCUUCAUCCAAGAGUUCAGCGGCUCGUCUCCGAAGAGAAGGCGAGCAGAGGAGAAGGACGAAGGGAUCGGCUCUCCUGAUAUUCUAGAGGAAGAGAAGGUGGAGGACCUACGGCGGGAGAUGAUUGAACUCCGGCAGCAGCUAGAAAAAGAACGCUCAGUGCGAAUGAUGCUGGAAGAACAGAAAAACUUAAAACUGGGCAUGUAUGUGUUACAGAUGCGCUCAUUGGAUGCACAUCUGUAUCCUGAGAAGCUAAAGGUAAUUGCUCAACAGGUUCAAGAGCAUCAAGUGCAGACACAAACGCUGCUCCGCCUUCAACAGCAGGAACAGCUGGAGAGAGAGAACACUCCUCGCAGUGCACAGGUAUUUUCUCCAUCUACGCCUCCAGCCCCGACCCACCACACCACUGUCAUUGUCCCUGCCCCGACGUUGCCGCCGCCUCCCCAUCAUGUCACCGUGGUAACCAUGGGCCCAACCUCUGUGAUCAACACAGCAUCCACAUCACGACAGAACUUGGACACCAUCGUGCAGGCCAUCCAGCACAUCGAGGGGACACAAGAGAAGAUGUGCGUGCCUGAGGAAGAGCAGCGUCGAGCGGUCAUCGUCACCCCCGGUCGCGUCUUUAACGACACGGCAGAUUCGGACACAGCCUCCGACAAUGAAGGCUCUGAGGACUGUUAACCGGCCUGAGUAAAGAGGGUGGCCGUGUGGAGGGCCCUCCCACAGACUCUUACUCCCACUCUCACUGUCGCUUUCUCAUAUAGACAUACAGAACCAAUAGGGUAGUGCUGACAGAGCGCAAAGGGUUUAGUGAACAAAUGGUAAAACAUAACGAAAUAUUACCGAAAAAUGAUCAUAACACACUCGCACACACUCAGACUUCUACUACACACAUACAGUACACUAGAUUUCUGUAUUGCUUUGGCCCACAAUUUCAAUCCAUUCACUCAGUUGCUUUUGAAUUCAUUUUUUAUUCUUCAUGGAAUCAGACUCAAAUGAUGUUGCGAUGGAACUAAGAAUCAGCCUCAAACAACUGUUCCACAGGGCUUUUCACUUCUGCUGUCUACUAUUCUAUCUACUGCUUUUCUUUGGAGAGGACAAGUCUGUUAGGCCUUACUCUAUAUUGCCCUCUAAAAUCCUGCCACAGGACGAAACAGGGCUCUGUAACCAACUCCACUCCUGACACCUAUCUUCAAAGCCUCUUAAAACACCCCUCUGUUCUGUUUUCUGUCCUACAAAGACUUUACAGCAUCACUGUGAGUAGACUGGAUUUCAACAGCCAAAGUAACCGUAUAGUUGGCUUUAAACCUUCAGAUGAAAUUAUACCGUUCAUACGAGUGUGGCCUCUUGUAUUUCUGUUAUGGAAAUAUCAAAUCGAGGCAGCUCAGAACCUUAAGAUCAGUCCUUUCCAUGGAGGGCCAAAGAUCAGUGCUGCUUUGUGCACUUUGUAAAUAAAUCAAGGUCUUUUGGAAGGAUGGGGCAGAAUGUGCACUUACCGCUAUUCACACUCAGCUGGGCUGGGUUCUCAGUACAGGAAAAAUCUCUACAUCAAAACCCCAGCACUGUUUUUGGUAUUUUUAAUGCUGAUCUCAUAUUUUUUUUGUCUAUUUCGUGUCAUAAAAGAAUAAGCUAUCCCGCAGGUGCUUGUACCUGCAGAGAGAUCUGCAUUUGCAUCAUGUGCAGUUAUGCUGGAAGAUGAAAUAACGGGAUCCACAGAAAGCCUAAGGUUUUGGCCAUUUUUAGGAAAGGGUGGCCAUAUUGCACUCGAUUUGUCAAAAUCCAUAAGCAUCCUAUGCAGCUCUUUCACCAGUUGUCUGCUUGUGUAGUCCUUUCAGCUAGUUUUAAAAGCGCUUCUGAACUUCAUUUAUUUUUGUACCACAAUUAGAAUGUUUUUUUAACAGCAGUAAAAAUUCAAAUAUUUAUUUUGAGUUUACAUUGUUGUUUUAAACAUUUUUUUGAGAAUUUGGCUAAUUAUAUAUUUAAAUACCAAAAAAAACCAAGCGUAGUCACCUAUUUUUCAGUGUGAUGUUUGUGCAUGGUUAAAUCAAAUAGACUGAUUGCAACCAACACUAGGUACUGUUAUUAGCUCAAGCUAAUAUCUUUAUAGUGCUACUUACGUUAUUUCCAGUUUCACAAGCCAGCAAACCAACAUACUGGCCUAUGGAUGUUUGGAUUUUUCAUCCCAUUUAACACCUAGAGUUUGCACAGGAUUGUGCUAGAUCACUUUUAAAUUUUGCACGUUUGCAUUCUCUAUGCAUUCAGUGGUCUGCCUUGCUUGACCCUCUUUUCUGUUCAUAUUACAUUGAUUCUCACAACAGACAUAAACUCAGGCCCUGUGGUUUUAACUGUACACAUGCAUGGGCUUAUUAAUAAAUAAUUAAAUAAAAGCUCCCAUGUGGGAGAAGGAUAAGAAUAUGAAUGAGAGUUCAGACUGCCAUAAGUCGUAGGAUUCAGAACAAGAACAGCUUGUAAUAAAAUCAGUUCCUGAGAGACUGGCAGAAGUCUGAACUCUUCUCGUUUCUGUAUCUGACUGACUUACAAACUGGAACUUUUUUGUUUGUUUUAAUUUCCUGUCCUGCCCUCCCUGCCCCCAAUCUAAUGGCAACCCUAUGGUAUGAACCCAGGUGGCAAUUCGAAAACAUUCCAGAAUGUCCUAGCACCAUGUCAAUGUUCCGUUAUCUUUUGGCUUCUAUUAACAAAAAAAAAAAAAAGCUACCAGGGUUUCGACUAUUUGUUGUAAUCUAGGAGCAAAGAUGUGGAAAAAUGGUGUAUAAAUUUGACUGAAAAAAAUGAAGUUAUGCCAGUCCUAAUAUUACAGGGAAUUUAGCUGCUGGACAGAUUGCUGAUCCUUUAAGAUUUAUCAAACACUGCCAGCAUGCUGGCUCGCUCUUGGCCCUCUCAGUCAGGCUUCAGUGUUGCCCACUGAGAAUACAGGGUUCCAAAUGUACGGGCCAGGUAGAUCUUAGAUAGAGUUGAGAUAUAUAAAUAUAUAUACGUAUAUAUUUUGAAUUGGAGUGAUGGCCAGGCUGGGUUUUUUUUUUCCAUUCUAUUUUCUUACGGUUUUUCUAUGUCCAUAAAACGUAGAUUUUUUUUUUCUUUACAGAAGCAAUAGGGUGUCACUUUGUUUUUGUUUUUUUUUGAUAGUUGCAAAUAUCUUUGUAAAACAAAAAAUUAAGGAAAACUGCAUCAGGGCUGGGUGAGGGUUAAGCCAACCAUUUAUAAUUAUAAAUCUGAAGCACUUAACUUUUAUGAGGGGUGGCAUCUUUUUUUUUUUUUUUUUUUUUUUUUUUUUUUUUUUUUUUUUAAAGAGAUGUCUUCUCAGUUUAAGCUCUUGGCGCUGUUAGUCCAAAUCAUACAGCUGUGGAACCCUUCAUAACUCUGUGUGUGUCCGUCUCUCAAGUUUUUAGACUCGUCCCCUCUCUCAUCCCUUUGCUAUUAACUUCAUCUGUCACCUCUUUUUUUGUUGGGCCCUCACUCCCAUCUGGUUGUUGAGAAGCUAUUAUAUUUUGUUUUCAUUUUUUUAAAUGGAUAAAGAGGCUUGUGCCUUUGUAAAAACAGAAUAAUAAAG